AUGUGGUCAAGUCUCAUUUUUAUCGCCUACAUCGGACAUGCAUCCGCAACCCUAUCCGGCCGAGUCGGCCCAAUAACAUCUUUCGCCUCAAAAGCAGCAACAAAAACCUGCAACAUAAUCAACUACGGCGCCACAACAAAUGGCUCAGACAUUAGUUCUGCACUCUCAUCUGCAUGGAGCGACUGCGCUGUCGGAGGUCUUGUCUACGUUCCACCAGGCAACUGGUCCCUAUCCACAUUUCCCUCACUCAAAGACGGUGAAACAAGCGCUUUCCAACUAGAUGGCGUAAUCCACCGCACAGGCUCAGAUGGCGACACGAUGCUCUCAUUCCGAAAUUGCAAAGACUUUGAGUUCUUCUCCGGAAACUCUCAAGGCGCAAUCCAGGGCUAUGGAAAUGAGUACCUGGUAAACGGUGACUACGGACCCCGGUUAACUCGGUUCCAGGAUAUGGGCAAUUUCUCAGUUCAUGGGAUUGCGUUGGUGGAUUCACCUUCGUAUUAUUUGACGCUUGAUACCGUUACUAAUGGUGAGAUUUAUAAUAUCGUGAUGCGGGGUUCUACCGGUCUUGGUGGGACUGAUGCUAUUGAUAUUUGGGGAAGUAAUAAUUGGGUUCAUGACGUUGAGGCGACGAAUGGGGAUGAGUGUGUGACUGUCAAGAAUCCUGCUGCGAAUUUCUUGAUUGAGAGUGUUUAUUGCAAUUGGAGUGGGGGGAACUCGAUUGGCAGUUUGUCUACUGGGACUGACAUCUCGGAUAUCACUUAUCGGCAUAUUUAUGCUAAUAAUGCUGAUCCUGCCUUCAUCAAGUCCAACGGUGGGAAUGGGACCGUGAAGAAUGUGGUUUGGGAUACUGUUACUGUGCGGAACUCGGCUUAUCCUCUUUCUAUUGAUUCUGAUUGGGGGGUGCGAAAGGGGAGGAUGGGGUUCAAUAUACCAAUUUUACCUUCAAGCCGUCGUCCCAAUAUCAGACUGUGGUGUCCGGCUGGAGUUCCCUGCACGGAUAUCAAAUUGGAGAAUGUGAAUCUCUGGACUGAAGACGCUGGCUAUGCUGUUCAAGAUUGCUAUAAUGCAUAUGGACAAGGCGCUUGCAUGAGAAAUAGCUCUGGCUCUCUGUCGACAUUCACUUCAGCCCGUACCAUGACUGCUGCGCCAUCGUACUCGACGAAUUGGAUGCCAAAUGAUUUCUCUACGGGGCUGCUUGCCAAUUCUUCUUUUACGAUUCCUCCGGUUCCGACUAGCUUUUACCCGGGAUUGAAACCGAGUUCUGCGCUUCUUCAUCUUUCUGGGCCUGGUGGGUUGGUUUCUGGGAGUGCUAGUGCAUCUCGAAGUGCUAGUGCGUCUAGAACUGCUAGUGCUUCUCCGAAGAUUACAUCGACUCCUCUCACUCAAAAGUCGGAGACUAGAUCUGCAUCUUCUGAGCCCACUACAACCUCGGCGGCUGCUACCACGGAGACUCACUGUGGGAACCGACCACCUCCUCACCCUGUUCCUAUGGGCCAUGAGCAUGUGGCAGAGCACCUGAGAAAGCAUAACCAUGGAUGGCAUUAG